AGUUGGCAGUCUCCAUCCGACAGUUCCGACAGUUCUCGCUUUUUCGCGCGGAGUGGGUGUAAUCGUGUUUGUUAAAUGAGACAUUUAUUUUUAUACAAGGAAUCGAAUAAAUAAGUGGUAAUAACAAGAGACUGGUGAAUAGAGUUAAAAUGCCGCCGAAGAAGCGGGAAAAGGAGUUGGAGAGUCAAAAACCACCGAGAAUGGAUCAAAUUCAGGCGGACCACGAGCUCUUUCUUCAGGCCUUUGAAAAACCGACGCAGAUCUAUCGUUUUUUACGAACGCGGAAUCAGAUUUCGCCAAUAUUUCUUUACCGAAAUUUAUCCUACAUGAAGCAACGCAUGUCUCGAAGCCAUAAGUCUCGUCGUGGCUUUCGGAUCGACUCAUUAUUACAGAGGCUUGUGGAUAAGACCAAUCUCAGCCAAAACCCUGGCAUCCGUGGCUUCAUGACUCUCACUUUUUUAGGUUUUUACGAUAAGAAAAUGGAGGCACCACAGGAUCCCGUUAAAGUGGAGACACUUUUGUUGAAAAUUUGCCACAAGAAACGCAAGGACGUGAGUUCACCAAUAAUGCAAGUGUCAGUAGGCACAAGCGAUGUACCAAUAAAUCCAUCUGAGAAUCAACCACCACCAAAGGCGCCAACGAUCUCCAUACCAAAUGAGUCUUUCACCUUGAACAAUGGACACGUGGCCAAAACGUACAUGCUACUUCUGAGAGUUUAUUGUAUGUCGAACAAUGGCUGCCUUAUGAGUAACUGUGAUUUGGAUUCAGAUGUAAUUGCAGAGCCUGCUCAGAAGAGACGAAAAUCAUCACCAGUAGCCAUAAAAAAUGGUGGAGAAGAGGUGAAAUUGUACGGCUCGGAGCUGAUCGUCUACGAUAAGCACAAUCGCUGUCUUUUAACGGACGGUGAUUACGAAUUAGGUUUGCAAGAAGUGCAAACCAAUGUUAGAUCAAGUCCUAAGAAACAUAGCUCUUGGGAAACCAUAAGUGAUAUCAAAGAGUGCGGCCCUUUCGAGGUAUUUAGUCGUGGGCCAACACUGAAAUUUCGACUUAGCUGGACAACAGAGCCCAGCAACGGUCUUGUAGAUAGACCAGCACUUAUUCAUCCACUGCCUAAUGGAGAUAAUAAGGAGAAUCGACCUGGAAACACCGAUUUAGAUCGUUGCUCUACGAAUGUUAAUAAUAACAACGGAUCACUGCCAAAUUCCACUCCCCUAACUCCAUCGAAAAUUACGAGUACGAUGGAGAAAAUGGAUACGUCCAGUGGAACACAACAAAUCGUUUAUCAAUUUUUAUACAAUAAUAACAGUCGACAACAAACAGAGGCCUGCGAGGAUCUCCACUGUCCCUGGUGUUCCCUCGACUGUGGUAGGCUUUACUCGUUACUGAAACACUUGAAGCUGUGCCACUCACGUUUCACCUUUACCUACGUUCCCAUAUCUCAAGGAGCUCGAAUAGAUGUGGCAAUAAACGAUUGUUAUGACGGCUCCUAUGCAGGAAGCCCUCACGAGCUCAUCUCCCAGCCCUCAGGGAUAACUUUUUCACGAACAGGCCCUACGAGACGUACGAGUGUAACCAACAUCCUAGUCUGCAGGCCCAAACGACCCAAGCCUAGUCUCUCUGAAUUCCUUGAGCUCGACGAGAAUGAUUACGAGAGCCAACGCCCUUACAUUACCGGUCACAACAGACUCUACCAUCACACAGUUACGUGCCUCCCAAUCUAUCCAAAAGAAAUGGAUGCAGAUUCCGAGGGUGAGAACGACCCAAAGUGGCUGCAAACCAAAACCAUGAUGAUGAUAGACGAUUUCACAGACGUGAACGAGGGCGAAAAAGAAUUAAUGAAGAUGUGGAAUUUACACGUGAUGAAACACGGUUACGUGGGGGACUGUCAAAUUCCCCUGGCAUGCCAAAUGUUUCUGGAGAAAAAGGGUAAAGAGCUAUUGAUGAAAAACCUGUACAGAAAUUUCGUCCUCCACAUGUCGAGCCUUUUCGAUUUCGGUCUAAUCAGUCCAGUGGUACUUUACCAAACGAUCCAAAAGCUCCAGGAGAUCAUGAAAGAAGACGGUGAGGAUGGAGCUGUGAGGAGAGUCCUCCAGAAGUCGCACGAGGCCCAAGUCGAGCGCUGGGUGACCACAGGAGUUCAUGCUGAGCCAGUGAAAUCCAGUGUAACAGCCAAAACUAAUUUCAAUAAUGAAAACUCCAAUUCGAAUGCACGACGAAAGACAACAAUACCCUUGGGCUCACCACCACCAUCUUCAGGGCUGAAAUCAGUUCACAAUAAUGUCAGUAAGCAUGCAACAAUGAUUGGUGGUGCAACGAAACCAGUGACAAAUGGAAAUAAAAAUUCUGGCAAUUCGUUUCCUGUCAAGUCCAAUGGAAUUAUCAAUGGGAAAGGGGAAGUUGAUGGAGCUGGUGAGAGAUCAGAGACUCCUCAGACUGAUGUAGCUGGAGGAAGAGUGGGUGGAGAUGUUCCACCGAGAAGGAAGAGUACAAAUUCAAUUGUUCAGGAGAAUCCAUUACCCAUUAGGAGAAAGUCAAUGGCAAGUGAUAAUGGGGGAAAUGAGUAUCAUCGAAGGAAACUAGUGCUUGAUGCUGUACCUGCUGGGGCAAGUGUCAGUCAAAAAUCAUCCCAAAAUGAUAAUUAUUGAGGGAUGUUGAGGCAAAGGGUAAGAGGUCCAAGGUCUGUUGGAAGAUUUUAUGCGGUUGAAAAUCCGGGUAGACUGAGUGCGGCAUGAGGUAGGGUUGUUGGAUAUACUUGGGGUGAAAACUUGGUCUCUGGGGAAGUGUUGAAUAGGAUAUUUCUCGAGAUAAUCGACUCAUCAUAUUUUAAACGUAAUAGAAUACAGGUUUGAUUGCACAAAUUUUUCUUGGAUCUCCGUGAACAAAUGAAAUAUAAACAAAAAUAAUGAGAAAUUGAAGAAAUGAAUCGGUUUAUUAUGCUGUUUGUGCGUGGUUAUUACUCUUAAUUUUUUCAGUUUAAUUUGCAUCCAUUUUGUACAGUAUUUCGAUGCGAGUAAUCGAAAGUUAAUGAAUUAAUCGACCAACGAAUUAAUUCAUUAUUUGAUUGAGUGAGUUUCAUUUUUUUCUAUUAAACUGGUUAAAUAAUCGUAGUUGAGAGUUGGAUAAAGGAGGAUAGUGUAGAAUGUCUGUCUCUUAGAUGAAUUUUUGUAUUUAAAAUACGAUUUUCCAUAUUUACAACAAUAGUUCUUAAUCAACGUUAUUUUUUUUUUCAUCGGAAAUAAUUAAUUCAAAGUUAAAGGAACGAAUGUGAGAGUUUUUGCUUUCACCCACAGCAUGUCUUACACAUUUUUCUCUGCAUUGUUUUCGUAAUUGGUAUAUUUAAGUAAUGAAUUUUUCCUUCUUUUGUAUCGCUUUUCGGCAAUUUUUUUUUACUCUAGUCAGAUUACAACUUUAUUUUUUUCUGAAGUUUCCAAAUACUGUAGACAAAUGAGAAAUGGUCACGUUUCUGUAAUAAUACCAUCGUUCCAAUCACAAAGCUUUAAACUGCCGGAAAUGUUUAUCCAAUUUGAUUAAGUUGUUUUUUUUUAUUUUUAUGUUGAGUACUGGGGGUUGGAAAGGGGGGCAUUGAAAUAUUUGGAAUGGAUUAAUCAAAAUUCAGACACGAUAAAAGCGAGAAAGUAUUAAACACGAUUGAAAUUCAGGAAUAAAGUCACAGAUAAAUAAAUGAAUGAAAACUGGGCUAUUAAUUUCAGCUCUGGAGUUUUUAUUUACAAAUAUUCCUAGAUGCUGUAUGAUUUGUUUUUUGUUCAGAUGAAAAUCAUUCUCAAUCCACAGAUAUUCAUGAAAAAUUCUUGUUGGACUUUGAAACUGAAUUACGAUUGUUAACGAACAUUGUGCGAUAGAGCAAAAGUGCCUUCGUUAAAUCUGAGGCUUUCAGAGAAAAAUUAGAUGUAUAGUCGAAAUUUUGUAGGAAAGUGGUAUAGAACAGGAAAUAAAUCGAAAACUUUUCAUACUGAACGUUCUUGCAAAUACUUCGAAAACAACUCGAUUAAAAGAUCAUUAGACAGUUUGUCCUAAAUUCGAUUUUCGAAGCUAUCUCUACUGCCAAGUGAUAAAUGAGGACCAGUGCAUUUCUUCGAGGCCAGGUAGCCGAGAAAAAUGCAAUUAUCCUAGUUUAUUACUUUGCAAAUGAUUUAAGAAAAUAUAUAGAACUAUUUGAACUUACCUCCUCUCAUUGUUUCACUUAUCGAUAAAUACGUGAAAUUGCACUUAAAAAUAUAUUACGAUACGUACAUCUCCGAGAUAGUGCUCAUGCCACACCAAUGAAAUGACACAAAACAGUAAUGGUGUAUGAAUUAUUUAAUCGUGAAAGGAAUUAUACGAUACACAAAAAA